AUGUCUGAACUGCAAGAGUUUUUGCUAGUGGUCGAGGAUAACAGAGAGCAGGCUCUGGGGAUUGCUAGUAUCGCAGCCCAAAGAUCCAGAGUACUGACAGGCUUUUGUAUUUUAAUUCGGAUUGUUCUUGCAGAGCUUGAAAACAAGCAAUCAACUUUGAUUGGUUUAGUUCAGUCUCUGGGUGAAUAUAUCAAUGACGAAAAUCCUGCAAUUCGGGGGAAGGUAGUUUCAUAUUUGACAGCGGUCAUAAAAGCGCUCUCGCCGAAUUUCCUUUCCCGCCAACAAAUACAGGCCCUGACAGACUUCUACUGCGACCGAAUUGAAGAUGGAGGGGCAAUAGCAGGUCUGGAUAGGCUUCAAGGUCUUGAACGUUUUACCAAAGAUAUGACUGGGAGGGUUAUACGAUCAAUUCUCCAGCACUUUCCAGAUUUACAGACUCGCCCACAGUCCCAGCGUUUCCAGCUUCUCCAGCUUCUUAAUGGCUUAAUGUCAAAUCACAGGACAGCACUGCGAGAUAUGGGCGACGAAUCGCUAGUUGGGAUUGUUGACCUUGUGAGCGGAGAGAGAGACCCAAGGAAUCUCAUGCUCAUUUUCUCCAUUCUUAAGGUCCCUAUGGUGGAAUGGGAUAUAUCGAACCAUGUCCAGGUUGCGCACCUGACCACUAAACUGCACGUUGAACUUCAGAGUUGGCUAACGUCACAUUCCACAUCGCUGAAUGUGAAGAAAGACGCCUUGAACUCGCUCUAUGCAUGCAUAUCCUCAUACGACCCGGUCACUGUGUCGCGCUACUCGAUAAGCGUAUGGGAUACUUUGAAAUUUGAGAUUCUCCAUGCGCAGGAAGAAAUUAUUGCGAAAGAGUCAUUGAGAGUGCUUCAAUGCCUAGCAAGGCGACUUUCCACCAUUACCACGAAAUCCCAAACUUCCGCUCUCGUACAAUUUCUGAAACCAAUAACGAAGGAAUGUAAUGAACAGCUACGCGAACCACAACAGAAACAAGCUCAACCAGCGCGACAAAUCCUGAGAUCACUUUCAUCUGCCUCUUUGACAUCCUUUACACUGAUUAUUCAGGACGUCAUUGUACCGUUACUUACUGUUUAUCAACAUGCUGAUGGAAUUGCCAAACAAAGAGGUCUCCUGGAGACUUUCGUUGUUCUAUUUGACUCCGCCAUUGAUAUUCUUGGAACAUGGACUACUCCUGGAUCAGAUUUUCCGCAGGAAAACCCUUUCAGCCCCUUUGAGGAGCGUUUACUUGAAAUAUUCAGCCAAGCGCUGAUGGGGUCCGCGAAGGAUGAGACCUCGUUCCGGCUUACCUCCAUGCAAGGCCUGCUUCGCCUAUCCAUCCUUCGAGGGUUCUUACAGGAUAACGAAAUAGGCCUUUUUGUACAGUAUCUCGAUGAGAUUUUGCUGACGGAGACAUCGGGAAAACCCGAGCUCAGGAAGGCAGCAAUAGACGCUCUGGCUGGAAUAUCGGAACACAAACCGCGCCUCAUUAUGGAUAUCUCAUUUCCAGCUCUCAUGGCUAUGCUUCCAGAUUCUGACAAAGGUGUAGAUCCUGUAUAUCUCAGUAUUCUUGAAAUCCUUGCUCAGAUCAGUAUUGGGAAAGACAUAUUCGAGACCCUCGUCCGACGCCUCUUGGGUAGGUUGGAGAUUUUACUACAGCCCGGAAAUACAAGCACUUCUGCAUACCCCCGUGCGAUUUUGUUGACGAUACUCUACGCCAUGGAUCGAAAAGGUUUGGAAAAUGACUCUACCAUUGAUUAUUAUUAUGAUCAGAUACUGGUAAAAUUGAGUAGGCGAGCGGCUAUUGCAACUCUCGAAAAUGGUACUACGACAGUUAUGAAAGACCCGUCCGUUCUUGACGUUCUUGGGCGUCUAUUCAAUCUCAUAGUCCGGUCUCUCCCUCUCAAGAAACAGGAUGAAGUUUGUGAGAAUGUUUACAGCCUUUUUGCAACAAAUGACGACUUUGUUCCAGUCCCAUUUUCAUCAAAUGUCACACACCUUCGACGGCAAACCAUGAUCCUGUCAACUUACCUUCUUGCUGGACUACCCAAAGACUCUAAGCUACCAUACACGACGCCCGACAUGACACACCUUAUUAGGGAAUUAGUCCAGCAUAUUAUGGUCGAAGAAACCCCCUCUACCCAUCUAGCACUCGCACGUCAUCUUGCCCUCCUCGUCAACAAAUUCCUACCAACUACGCAAUUACCGACCGCUUCCUCAAUUCUCUCAUCCCUAAUCCAAUCCCAUUCCACACCCAUGCCAAACGAAACACUCUCUCCAGCCAAAAUCCGCACAAUAUUUUGGUUAUCCAAAGCAUUGGUACUCCGCCUCGCGCCUUCAACUCCCGAAAUACUCAACUCACUCUUAAUUCUCCUCUCGUCGUCGGACGCUCAAACGAGCACAAUCUCUGCCCGAGGGUUUUCCCUCCUCCUAAGCCCGGAUGAUGUCCUGUCAACCAGAAACGGUGCUGUCAUCCGGCUUCUUUCCAAACAACGCGUUUUUUCCACUCUUAUCCCUCUAAUCUCCAAAAACGUGCGAGAACUUAAUACUGGCGCAGCCGACGCAUCCCGAACUCCACCCCAUACAAAACAAGCCUAUCUCACAGCUCUGUCUGGUAUUCUCUCCACCAUCCCCUCAUCUCUCGUGAUGCCAGAACUACCAACUUUACUUCCUCUCCUCCUGCAGAGUCUAGACUUGACCGAUCCCCUUUCACAGCCUAUAAAAGUCGGAACCCUGGAGACACUAGCUGUAAUAAUUCGCGAUAACGGUGUCAGCGUAAUUAGCGAAGUGGGCUAUGUGGAUGAUUUGGUGAAACGGUUGUUGAAGACAGCCGCACAUAACACCACAGUGUCAACAUCAACAGCAACGCCAACAACAACAACCACCGCCGCAACUAGCUUCACCUCAACGCCAAACUCCCCACGCAUCCGUGCACAAUCACUCCAGUGUCUCUUGCUCCUCGCGCAGACGCCUGGCGUUUCGGAUUCGAUUUCACCAGGAGCCAAAGCUGCUGGCGCGAAACCGUCACCAUUGCUUCCUUUGAAGAGCGUGGUGUUGCGUUCCUUGAAGUUUGCGCUUGAUGACCCUAUACGGGACGUGCGGAAGGCCGCGGUGGAUGCGAGAGCGGCAUGGCUGAGAGGGGUGGAGGAUCUAGCGGGCGACGAGGAAGAUUAA